AUGCCGUUCAACGGCGUGCUGGUGGCGUCCACGGCGAGCGUAUCGGCGGAGUUGUGGCAGCAGGUGGCUUGCCUGCCGGAGCGUGACCGCGUCAGCAGCGAUCAACUUCUCGAUUUGGUGAUCGGCUUCCCCCUCCGGCAGUUGGGGCGGUGGGCGCUCUACGUCUGGACCUAUCUCUGCGUAUCUCCCUAUCCUCAUCGCCUUCGCAGCCCUGAUUCAUAUUACGGGGGCAGCAGCAGCGAUGACGAUUCCGACGGCGGCGGCGGCGGCACCGCGUCGGCAUCUUCAGGUAGCACGCAGUACUACGGGGGUAGACGAGACUAUGAUUAUUCUUCUGCACAUUCCGAUUAGACGACUUUUUCACAGAUGAAAUGAAACACGUGUGUAUACGAGAAAAUGAAUUUUAUCAGCAACAUAUGUACGUAUCCUGUGUGUUGUGAUUAUCAUUAUCACUUUAUCAGUAUUAUUGAAAUGAAAAUUUCUGGAAUUCAAGCUU